AUGUCGUACAAUGGUGGGCCUCCUGGCACGAAGUCGGUUCAGUGCCUUGGAUCUCGCAACCCAUCUGAUACAGUGGAAAUCCGGCGUCGAGCCACUGAGCAAGGAGUUGUGGAUCUGAUUACCAAGGAAACUAAUAACAGCCGCGUCUCUUCUUCUUUCGUGAGCAAGCGCAGUGGAUCCGAGUUUAGCACUCCUAGUGGAAAGCGCCGCAAGACGAGCAAUGUGACCACCAAUCUAUCUACGCACUGCACCACGAUUCAGAGUCGCUGGAGCCAAGGUGCCUUUCGCUGGGUACACAAGGGUCGGUAUGUUCCGAACCCACGCAUUCCUGGCCACAACGGAGGUCCUCAGAAUGGCGAGCUCUGUGUCAUCAAGGAGUUCAAGACUGGAUCAGUUUAUGAAGAGUCCUUCUUUCAAAAUGAUAUCAAGGCAGUCGACAAGGCUGAUUCCAUCAUUUAUGCAUUCAACGGACACUGCUUCACGGGCAUCGGAGCAAAGACUAUCCAUCUCAACAAGCCCGCUAUUUGGGAAGACGUCCACCCAGAUGCUACCGGAAGAAAAUCCAAGAAGCUAGUGGAACCCAUGCUCGAAGGAGAGUUUCUAAAGUUCAACAGCAACUCAGGCUACACCAACGGAGCAGAUUUCAUGCAAGAAGCUCUAUCACAUUUCUCGUAUCAUCACACUGGUUGCAAGUUCCUCCUCUGCGAUCUACAAGGAGGACAUUAUGCAGACUCUUACGUCCUCACGGACCCUGUCAUCAUGUCGGCUGACAACGAAAAAGCCUACGGGGCUACGGACUUGGGAAAGGAGGGAAUUGACAACUUUUUUGCCCAUCAUCGCUGCAACCGUUAUUGCCAUGCGCAUUGGAAGAAGCCCCAGGCGCCCCAAGCAUCGUCACGAAUCCCUCGUCUCCAGAGCACUUCCAUGAGCCUCGCUUUGGGCACCAAGAAAUCCGAAGACGAAAGAAAGAAGAAGCUCGAAGCUAUUCUGGACAGAAAGCACUGGUAG